UCCCGAAAUCUUGCCCAUCCCCUUAGUGGGUACGCACCAUGAAAACUGGACCGUCAUCAUCGUACGUACUCGUGUUUGGUCAAAGGCUCUGUAUAGUCUGACGUGCUAACAGGUAUGCAGCGCUAUCCUUUUUAUUAUUUUUUUUUGCUCGUUACGCGUUACGUGCCUAUUCGAGCAUGUGAAGGAUGUUUAGUCGUGCGCAGCCUCUCGCGUGAAACAUGAAUGGCGUUUUCGUCCGAACUGGCAUAUUCCACCGGUUGCAGGCGUGUUUAGCGGUGGCGGAAUCACAGGAAUAUUUGACGCCCCAGUCAAAUUCUGAAACCCUGGUAUUCGUCUUUUCUCCCCAAAGGCAAAUGGAUCUUGAAGUGGCGUUCCAGCAAGUAACGACGCGCUACGUUGGCAGCGUUCACGGUCUCUUCAACUUCCUUGAAGCAAUCCUAGGCUCCAUCAUCGCUUGCCUGUACUUCAUGUUCGGCGUCGAGUCCCGCAGCCAGCAGUUCUUGUACCUGACGGCCAUGACGUACGGCAUCAACGAUGUGCACUUCAUCUUCUCCGCGCUGCUCUCGGAAGCCGAUUCCACCUUCCUGCCGUCAUCCAUCUACUUCGUCUUGUAUCAACUGACGGCAUCAUUUUGUUACAUCAUCAACGCCAUCGUGAUCAUGCAAACGUACAACAGCCCCGGCGACUGCAUCUUUGGAGGGCUCGGUGGGCUCAUCUGCGGCCUUCUCCACGCAGGUCAUCUUGUUUACACUCUGAAGUGACUCAGUCGUUGUGCCCUUGUCUCGAAAAACACGCUGUCGUUCG